AUGAAAGUGCUCUGUGUUGCUGAAAAAAACUCCAUUGCAAAAGAGGUAGCAAAGAUCUUGGGAGGCGGUCGUAUACAGAUCUCGAACUCGCCCUAUAAAUAUGUCAAAAAUUAUCAAUUUACAUUCAAUUUUCCACAGCUAGGGAACUGUGAUGUUACUAUGACAAGUGUUGCUGGUCAUCUCAGUGGAAUGGAUUUCCCAGAUGCGUAUAAAUGGGGUCGCUGCUCACCGGGGAAGCUUUUUGAAGCUCCAAUCGUGAUAACAAUGAGUGAUGAUCAAAAGAAAAUCGCACAAAAUAUUGAACGUUUAGGUCGAACAGCUCAAAAAUUGAUGAUUUGGACAGAUUGUGAUAGAGAAGGUGAAUAUAUCGGUAAAGAGAUCUUAGAUGUUGCUAGAAAGGGGAACCCCAAUAUCACCAUUGAUAAUACAUUAAGAGCACAGUUUUCGCAUUUAGAAAGAAGUCAUGUAUUGAAAGCCGCUAGAGAACCAAUAAAGUUAGACCAGAAUGCUAUAAAUGCAGUUGAAACUAGAAUGGAACUUGAUUUGAGAACAGGUGCUUCAUUCACAAGAUUCCUUUGUGAUGUUUUCCAAAAAUACAAAAACGCAAAUUUAGUUGAUGUUGUAUCUUAUGGAUCUUGUCAAUUCCCUACAGUAGGGUUUGUUGUUGAUAGAUUCAAGAGAAUAAAAAAUUUUGUACCUGAGGAAUUUUGGUACUUAGAUAUUAGUGUUAGAAAGGGGAAAAUAACGAGAUUUACCUGGAAGAAGAAUAGAUUGUUUGAUAGAUUAGCCGCAGUUGUGUUAUACCAAAAAUGCAUGGAAAAUGAAAAAGGCACAAUUACAAAUAUAAAGUCAUCACCAUCCACAAAAUGGAAACCACUUCCUCUAACAACAGUUGAAUUACAAAAAGGGUGUUCAAUGUAUUUCAAAAUGAGUGCUAAAGAGUCAUUAGAAGUCGCUGAAAAAUUAUAUCAAAAAGGGUUUCUCUCUUAUCCAAGAACAGAAACAAACGUAUACCCCAAAACUAUGGACUUGAAAGCCCUCAUAGAUAAACAAAGACCCGAUCAGGUAUGGGGUGAAUAUGCUACAGGUUUAUUAGACGGUGAUUUGUUUGAUACACCGAGACAAGGUAAGAAAAAUGAUGAAGCACAUCCACCUAUUCACCCUGUUAAUUACUUGAAUAUUCACAGUCCAGAUGCUACUGCUACAGAGAAGAAAGUUUAUGAAUUUGUUGUACGUCAUUUCUUAGCCACAUGCUCCAAGAAUGCUAAAGGUGCAAGUACAAAUGUUGAUCUAACAUGGGGAACUGAAAAAUUUAGCGCAAGUGGGUUACAGGUUUUAGAACUGAAUUACUUAGAUAUCUAUAAAUACCAAUCAUGGAAAUCAUCAGCAGAAUUGCCAGAAUUUACAAUGAAUGAACAAGUCAAGAUCAACUCAGCAGAACUCAAGAGUGGUAAAACAUCACCACCACAACACAUUACAGAAACCGAACUCAUUGCUCUUAUGGAUGCUAAUGGUAUAGGUACGGAUGCAACAAUUGCAGAUCAUAUUGAAAAAGUUUGCAAUAGACAAUAUAUUAUCAAAAAGACAGAACGUCAAAAGAAGUUUUUGGUUCCAUCUACCUUAGGUAUGGCAUUAGUUGAUGGAUUUGAAGAAUUAAAUUUAAGAAAUUCAUUAACAAAACCAUUUUUGAGAAAAAAUAUGGAAGAAGAGCUUAAAGCAAUCUGUGACGGUGUGAAAAGGAAAAAUGAUGUUUCUCAUGAAAUGGUUGAACUUUAUAGAGAAUCUUUUGCAUUAUCAGUUCAACAUCAAAAUGUUAUAUUGAAUGCUUAUCAAAGAUAUAGAAGAGCACUUGGUGAACAAAUAAUAGCCUGA